AAGAAGAAGAAUCGUGUCAGCAAAAGCAGUAAAAGUGGCAUAUCUUGGGAAAUAAUUUUGAAAGUGGUAUAAGAUGAGAAAAUGCUUUUAUAAAAGUAGUAGCAGUAUAUAUAUAUGGCUAUGAAAAAUGUCCCGAUGCUUUUGCAGUGUGAUGAUUAUAAAGUCAAACAGGAGCAAAUUCCCCUCCUCACAUCACAUGUUCCUCCAUCCUCAACAACACAAUAAACCUCUCCACAUGCUAUUAAGAAUUCCCCCAAUAACCCUGACCCUAGCUAUUCUGGUCCCAAUGAGUUUUGCCCCACCACACUUUAGCCCACACUGAUUCCUAUAAAUUCAUCAGAAUGUCGCAACAACUUAGUUCAAGGCCAUGAAACAAAAGCUGGUUUUGGAAGCAAGCCAAGAAGGCAGCGAAAAAAAAAAAAACCAUGCUCUAUUAGUUUGAAGAAAGUGGGUCUCCGAAUCUCACUGUUGUUUGUUUCUCAAGAAAAAGGGUGUGUCUAAAAAUGGGUAGGGAUCAGAAAAGUGUGGUAGCUAUGGUUGGCCAGGAGAGAAAAACAAACAAGAAAAAUGGGUCUCUUGGGUUUAGGUCCAUUUUCAUGCAUGCCGAUGGCAAAGAUUUGUUUCUUAUGGUUUUAGGUACUAUUGGGGCAGUUGGGGAAGGCUUGACCACCCCUCUAGUGUUGUAUAUCAGUAGCCGCAUGAUGAAUAACAUUGGAAGUUCCUCUAACAUGGAUGGAAACACUUUCAUCCAUAGCAUCAAUAAGAAUGCAGUGUCUUGGUUAUAUUUGGCUGGUGCCUCUUUUGCGGUUUGCUUCCUCGAGGGUUAUUGUUGGACAAGAACAAGCGAAAGACAAGCGGCGAGAAUGAGAUGCAGGUAUCUGAAAGCAGUACUCAGACAAGAUGUGGAGUACUUCGAUUUGCAUGUCACGAGCACCUCAGAGAUCAUCACUAGCGUCUCCAGCGACAGCCUCGUAAUUCAAGAUGUCCUUAGUGAAAAGGUUCCGAAUUUCUUGAUGAACAUGUCAUUGUUCGUCGGGAGCUACAUAGCGGCGUUUGCAAUGUUGUGGAGGCUGGCCAUUGUGGGGUUUCCUUUCGUCGUUCUUCUCGUGAUCCCGGGUUUAAUUUACGGCAAGACCUUGAUUGGGUUGUCUAGUAAACUCAGAGAAGAGUACAACCAAGCUGGGACAGUGGCGGAACAAACAAUUUCGUCCAUCAGAACCGUUUUUUCAUUUGUGGGGGAAAGCAAGACCAUGAACGCUUUCUCAAACGCGCUUCAAGGAACGGUUAAGUUGGGUCUCAAACAAGGCUUGGCUAAGGGAUUAGCCGUUGGAAGCAACGGCGUCGUUUUCGGCAUUUGGUCCUUCAUGUGCUACUACGGCAGCAGGCUCGUCAUUUAUCAUGGCGUCAAAGGAGGGACAGUUUUUGCUGUCGGAGCAGCAAUCGCCGUUGGUGGAUUGGCAUUAGGGGCGGGGUUAUCCAACGUGAGGUACUUUUCGGAGGCGGGUGCGGCAGCGGAGCGUAUAAAGGAAGUGAUAAAGAGGGUUCCCAAGAUAGAUUCUGACAACAAGGAAGGGGAAAUCCUGGAAAACAUUUACGGGGAAGUGGAAUUUGACCGAGUGGAAUUCGCAUACCCGUCGAGACCCGAAAGCGCGAUUCUGAAGGGACUGAACCUGAGGGUGCCAGCAGGGAAGAGAGUGGCGUUGGUGGGAGAGAGUGGGUCAGGAAAAUCUACGGUGAUAGCUUUAUUACAGAGAUUUUAUGACCCUUGUGGGGGAGAGGUGCGUGUGGAUGGGGUGGGGAUCCAGAAGCUGCAGCUGAAGUGGCUGAGGUCGUGUAUGGGGCUGGUUAGCCAGGAACCUGCUCUGUUCGCGACCAGCAUUAAAGACAACAUACUUUUCGGCAAAGAGGAUGCCACCCAGGACCAGGUGGUUGAGGCUGCAAAAGCUGCCCAUGCUCAUAAUUUCAUUUCGCUUCUGCCUCACGGUUACCAUACACAGGUGGGAGAGAGGGGGAUUCAGAUGUCAGGGGGACAAAAACAGAGGAUAGCAAUUGCGAGGGCAAUAAUUAAGAAACCACGAAUUCUCCUUCUGGACGAAGCAACAAGCGCGCUGGACUCAGAGUCAGAGAGACUCGUCCAAGAAGCGUUGGACAAUGCAGCAGUGGGUUGCACCACCAUCAUCAUAGCGCACCGCUUGUCCACCAUCCAAAACGCGGACCUCAUUGCCGUCGUCGGAGGCGGAAAAAUCAUCGAGAUGGGCUCGCACGACGAGCUCAUCAAAAACGACACCGGCGCUUACGCCUCCGCGUUUCGCCUCCAGCAACAAAUGGGCAAAGACAAGGUAGAGGAAAGCACGGAAAAAACCGUUAUUCCAGGGACUGUUUUAUCCACAACCGAAACCCAAGACAUGGGACUUACUUCUGUAGGCCCCACAAUAUCCGGUGGUUGUGAUGAUAACAUGGCGACAGCGCCAUCAUUUUGGAGACUGAUGGCGCUGAGCUACCCCGAGUGGAAGCAUGGCGUUUUUGGGUGUCUGAAUGCCAUGGUGUUCGGUGCCGUUCAGCCGGUGUACGCAUUUACGAUGGGUUCCACCAUACUUUUGUAUUUUAACUCUGAUCAUGAGGAGAUAAUGAGGAGGACGAGGUUCUACUCGUUUACCUUUCUGGGCCUCUUUGUGGUGUCUUUGCUUUCGAAUAUUGGGCAGCAUUAUUGCUUCGGUUACAUGGGGGAAUACUUGACCAAACGGGUCAGAGAGACCGUGCUUGCCAAAAUCCUCACUUUCGAAGUUGGGUGGUUUGAUUUGGAUCAGAACUCCACUGCCUCCAUCUGUUCCAGACUUGCCAAAGAUGCUAGUGUGGUGAGGUCUCUAGUGGGAGAUAGAAUGGCAUUGCUAGUACAAACAUUUUCAGCGGUAAUAACAGCCUAUACGAUGGGUCUUAUCAUUUCUUGGAGGCUUUCCAUCGUUAUGAUAGCUGUACAACCCAUCAUCAUAGCAUGCUUUUACACAAGGCGUGUGCUUCUCAAGAGCAUGUCCAACAAGUCCAUGAAGGCACAACAACAAAGCAGUAACAUAGCUUCCGAAGCAGUUUCCAACCUUAGAACUGUCACAGCCUUUUCUUCUCAAGAUAGGAUUCUCAAAAUGCUUGAAGAGGCUCAACAACGACCAAGUCUAGAGAACAUAAGACAAUCUUGGUUUGCUGGAAUUGGGCUUGGAUGCUCCCAGGGCCUUGCGUCUUGCAUUUGGGCCUUAGAUUUUUGGUAUGGUGGCAAGCUUAUUUCAUAUGGGUACAUAACAACAAAAACGUUUUUUGAGAGCUUCAUGGUUUUGGUGAGCACGGGAAGGAUCAUUGCUGAUGCUGGAAGCAUGACCACGGAUCUUGCUAGAGGUGCUGAUGUUGUUGGUGAUAUUUUUGGGAUCAUUGAUCGGUGUACGAAAAUUGAGCCUGAUGACCCAAAUGGGUACAUACCGGAGAGGUUAAUUGGUGAAAUAGAGUUUCAUGAAGUGCAUUUCGCGUACCCUGCUAGGCCUAAUGUGGCCAUCUUUGAAAAUUUCUCCAUGAAAAUAGAGGCGGGAAAAUCUACGGCAAUGGUGGGACAAAGUGGGUCCGGGAAAUCGACGAUCAUUGGUCUAAUAGAGAGGUUUUAUGAUCCACUUAAAGGGAUGGUGACAAUAGAUGGCAUGGACAUAAAAUCGUAUAACCUAAAGUCACUAAGGAAGCACAUAGCACUAGUGAGCCAAGAGCCAACGUUGUUCGGUGGGACCAUAAGGGAGAACAUUGCAUACGGAAGAUGUGAGAGUGAGAGGGUUGAUGAGAGCGAGAUCAUAGAGGCGGCACGAGCGGCGAACGCGCACGAUUUCAUAGCUAGCUUGAAGGAAGGGUAUGAGACAUGGUGUGGGGAUAAAGGGGUGCAACUUUCAGGGGGUCAAAAGCAAAGGAUAGCAAUAGCGAGGGCAAUACUGAAAAACCCUAAGGUGUUGUUGUUGGACGAGGCCACAAGCGCAUUAGAUGGUCCAUCAGAGAAGGUGGUGCAAGAUACGUUGAUGAGGGUGAUGAGAGGGAGGACCGGCGUAGUGGUGGCACACAGGUUGAGCACCAUACACAAUUGUGAUGUUAUUGGUGUGUUGGAAAAGGGGAGGGUGGUGGAGAUUGGAACCCACUCGUCCUUGUUGGCCAAAGGGUCAUGUGGAGCUUAUUACUCCUUGGUCAGUCUUCAGACGAGACAUGCAACAACACCAAAUAACACUAGUUGUACUAAAGCUGGUAGUACCCACUCUAUCAAUUGACCCUGCCAAAGUACCAUCCAUCUAGUCUUUGUCUACUUGGGAUGGCUAGCUAGCUACUAGGCCACCUUUUUGAGGUUGAUAGGAGAUAAUAGCUAGCUAGUAUGAUAAAGAUGAGAGAUGGGUUUGUGAUAGGUGAAGGCAACUUAAACAAGUGGACGAGAUGGAGAAGGAACUUUCAAAGUGUGUGUCACCUUUCUUAUAAUUUUGCACUUUCUCAUGUAUUCCUCCAUCAACAUCGAUCCAUGUUUAAAUAAUGUAUGUACAUAUAUGUCUCUAUAUAUGAUAUCAAGUAGAAUGAUUUCUUUCUGCUUCUGAAAUCAUUAUUAUUAACUUACU